AAAAGACGACCCAAGAGCAGCCCGAAAGACGAUUUUGGCAUCAAACCGCGCGCGGUGGAGGUCACAACAACCCGUACCUGAAAAUCAUCAUCUCUUGCUUUUCGGCUCCUUUUUCCAAAGUCUUCUAACGUUUUAAAGCUAGACAUUUCAAUAUGCUUUUCUGCCCGUACUGCGCCAACAAUCUGACUAUCGGAGAUAGAGAAGAUAGUGCGGACAAGUGUUGGAUUUGUCCGACAUGUCCUUACCAAUUCAUCAUCGACAGACAGAUCUCGAUGCGAACACAUUUGAAGCGAAAGCAAGUGGACGACGUUUUGGGAGGCAAGGAAGCUUGGGCGAAUGUGGACAAGAUCGAUGCUGCUUGUCCUAAGUGCGACUUCAGAAAAGCAUAUUUCCGACAAUUGCAGAUUCGGUCAGCAGAUGAGCCUAUGACCACUUUCUACAAAUGUGUUGAAUGCUCUCAUCAAUGGCGAGAAAACUAGAUUGCGCCCAUCACCAGCAUCUACAACCCUAUAAUACUCUAUAACGAUCUCAUGACACCCCAUAUA